AUGCUAAAAUCACAGCAGCCCCUUCGGCUUCUUCAACGUGGCACUAAACCCCCUCACCUCAAUCGCACCCAGUACCGCUCUCUCCACACUGAUCAGUCGCACCGGACCAUCAGUACAACUGCCUCCACAGAUCAGGACACCUAUGCUGCCACUCCUGCUGUAACGCCGACUCUGCCCACCAUAUCACAGCCCUCACGACCGCUAUCCGUCCUUCCAUUACCCAUCCUCCUCCGCUCAUACGCCCUUACAGCUCUUUCUUCCUAUCCGCUACUCCUAUCGCCCUCCCUUCGUCUCCUCUCAUUCGUCGCCCACUCCUCGUCCGCACUCCUGAACCCAGACCGCAAUCCUCUCCUCCACUACCUCCUCAAGAAGACAUUCUACGCCCAAUUCUGUGCUGGUGAGACGAAGAUUGAGGUACAGAAGACGGUGAAGGGGCUUAAGAGUAUGGGAUAUAACGGCGUCAUCUUAGCAUACGGCAAAGAGAUCGUGCUCAACAAAGGGGAGAAGGUUGACACAUCCUCAAGCCAAUCAGCAGAUCCCACAGCCGAGAGGGAUGUGCAAGAUUGGAAAGAAGGUACCUUGAAGACCGUGCAGAUGGCUGAAGAAGGCGAUAUGAUUGGCCUGAAAUUCUCCGGGGCUGGAAGAGACGCCAUGAGGCAACUUGCUGCUGAGGCAUCACCUAGCGAAGCGAUUGAGAAGGCGACAACCGAGAUAUGUGACCUUGCACAGGCAAGAGGUGUUCGCUUACUUUUUGAUGCGGAGCAAGACGCUGUUCAGCGCGGUAUCGAUGCUUGGACGCUUGAAUUCGCGAGAAGGUAUAACAGGAUGGCUCUAGGAAAAGCGGUUGUGUACGGGACAUACCAGGCUUACUUACGCUCCACGCCAAAAAUCCUGGCUCAACAUCUUGCUGUUGCCAAGCAAGAAGGUUUUACGUUGGGUGUAAAGCUCGUCAGGGGCGCUUAUAUGAGCAGCGAUCCUCGAACACUUUUCUGGAGUACAAAAGAGGAAACCGACAAGGCUUACAAUGGCGUUACAGAGGCUUUGCUCAAGAAGCGGUGGAACAAUGUUCUGCGACCGUCGACCAGGGAAGCAAGUGAGAGAAUAUCGUCAGAAGUGGCCUUUGUGCUGGCAAGUCAUAAUCAUGAUUCCGUGCAAAAAGCCAUGGCAAUCCAGAGAGAGCAAACCGAAAAGCAUGAAGCGAAGAUCGAUAUGGCUUACGGGCAGCUGAUGGGUAUGGCAGAUGAGGUUAGCUGCGAGUUGGUGAUGGCUGCGAAGGCGGCAGGGGUGGUGCCAUCUGAGAAGACGGAGUGUGCGGGUCCCAAGACCUAUAAGUAUCUGGUGUGGGGCUCUGUGGGCGAGUGUCUCAAGUAUCUGAUCAGACGGGCUGAGGAAAAUAGGGAUGCUGUGCUGUCUUCGUCUUCCAACCCACGCACUCCCGACAGCAAACUUCUCAAAGCACCUGCAAUCAAAUCCACCUACCUCAAAGUCUCCAAUCACUAUAAGCAACCAAGGGCAUCCAGAGCAUCGAUUGUCGGAAUGCCUUUCUCCGAUCUCCUCCUCAAAGGCGUCAAGCUUACAGCUAGAGGAGCCGGCUUGGUCGCAGUGGUCGCGGUGGUCAACAUUGUACCAGCCGCGGCCUACGAGCGCUCUGGGUGGAUGACUCAGAAGGAUCUCGAGCGAAACAUCAAGGCGCAGCAGAGCCGUCCAGGCACCUGA